AUGCCCGCGGUGGUGGACAAAGCAAGACAAUUCUCCUUGCAACGAAAACAAGCCUCUCUGAGAAAGGGUUACCAUUUUGGAAAAAAGCAUAUAACAAAGCUCUACCACCAAUUCACCUUUCACUCGAUCAUCACCGCCCAUCGUCUGGUUUACCAGGCACCGGAUAUGCCUCGAUCCGGCUCAGAGAAGCAAGCCAUUGUAACUAGAACUAAGAGAUCUUCUGAAUCUCCCGAACCUAUUCAGAAUCGGGACUCACGAACAAAACAGUCAAGUGGUGGAUCACGCAAGUCCCAGGCCAGGAAAGACCAGGAGAGUGGUCAGGGCCACCGAGGUUCUCCUGCCUCUGUAAGCGGUCAAGUCAAUCUAUCCGCUCCCAGUCGCCGCCUCAAGGUUGCAGAAGACUGCACCAAUCUCAUCAACGUGCCUUUACCCAUAACCGGUGUAAGGCAAGCCGCCGAUCUCAGAGAAGCAGACGUCGAGCCUACGAACCCGUCGGCGGCCUACUUGAAGUACUGUAUCGGCAGAGAAGUUAAACGACGCAAGCAAGCCAUCGUCGAUCGUUUGAUGGCCGUAAUCACAGAAUGCGUUGAACAAAGACUGGAAGCGCUCGAGGAAGGGUGCGAUCAAACUUCCGGAUCGCAGUCUUCCUCGCGCGCUGCUCAGGCAGGGAAGCCGAUAUCUCGUUCGGCCGGUCAGAAGAGGUCAAAGGGUCAAAGCAGUCGAGAUGAAAGCGAGAACGAUGAAGAAGAAGAAGGUGGAGGUGAUUCUAGGAGGAAGCGGGACAGCAAGCGGACGAAAACCACGAAAGAUGAUACUCGUCCUCGAUUUGCUUGCCCUUAUCACCAGCAUAACCCUGCGAAAUUUAGAAAUGAGAGAACCUGCUGUGGCCCAGGAUGGACUGAGCUUUCACGCUUGAAGGAGCAUCUGGAGCGCAGGCAUAGUCUGCCCCCUCAUCAGUGUCUCAGAUGCUUGGAACGCUUCUGUAAAGCCGAUGAUCUGAAGCAACAUCAACGGACAAAAACGCCGUGUCCAGUGAAAGAACCAGAAAGUUUUAAACGAAACCUUUCUGACGGAUACGACGAGGAACAAGCAGAGAAGCUGAAGGGGCGGCCAAGGCUGGCAGCAACCACAAAAUGGAAGGAGUGGUAUGGCAUCCUGUUCAAUGUCAAGCCUGAUUCUCCUGACAUCCCCUCACCCUACUAUGAUACUUCUGUUUCGAGCGCCAGGUUCCCAAGCGUCAACCUCGAUGAGGUUGAGCGUGUGCGCAAACACUGGGUUGAAGCGAAGCCAGUAGUUCGCCGGCAAAUCGCCGAGACUGUGUCAAACGCCUUCGAUAAUUGCGCACCUCAGAUAAAGAUCAACGUGGUAGAACGCCUACAGAAGGAGCUGCCUCGUAUCAUGGCAGGGUUGCUCCCUUAUCCAGAUCUCGACUCUGAGGAAACCUCCAGUGCAGCCGAUGCUCUUGGGGUUUUCGACUGUCUUGAUUCUUUCGAUUCAGACCUCUACGAAGGGGAGGCUUUCGACUUUUACGAGAUUGACCACGGAGUCGGUAUCCAGGAUCCACUUCCCCCAGAGUUCUCAGAGUAUUCAGAUUCCUCAACAGAUACUUACCAAGCUGGCGGCAGCUCGGCCACUUCUGUAGGAGACGAUGCUUCAUACCAGCAAUUUGACACCAAGUUUAUGGUGAUGCCGCAAAACCUCGACUUCAAUGUGCCCGGCAAUUGCUUCUAUUGA